CUGCCUUCUCCGUCACUCCACACGCACACAUACGCUGUCUUCACCCAUACACUGACGCCCUAAUUCUCCACAGACGGACGGACAGCACUCACCCUAAGUACUCAGUGACUAUACCGCCUGACAGACGUUUCAGCCAGACUUCGUUAAACGGAAAACACAGGUCUUGAAUUGAAUUGAAACAGUUUAUUUAUCAAAAAAAAAACAUGCAGAGUGGAUAAUAAUAACAAUAUUAACAUGGCUGAGCCAGUUGAGAACCACGUGUAGGACAACCGAGAGCCUUAUCAAUUUUGGGGGGUAAAUUCUCGUCAAAUAUCACUAGACAGGUAAGCUACCGGGAGUUCUUCAGUGACAGACAACAUAGGUCUAUUGCUCUAUACCAAAAUACAGACAGCUUAUCUAACUACAGACGGACGACAACAACGGGACAGUAUUUAUCAUCGCAUCAAUAGCGUUUCAAGUGAUAUCUCUUUACAUUACCAUGACGCAGGUGGGAGGAUUAUCAACAUGACUUGCUUGUGAAUUAGUGAUAAAUUAUUGUGUUGUGAAAACAUCAUCAGUCUGCCUGUUCUGUGUAGCCUAGCAAGAUGAGGCAUAAAGCUUCCACCCCACACAUCUUCGUGGUGAUGGGAGCCUCCGGUGACCUGGCCAAGAAGAAGAUCUACCCGACGCUGUGGUGGCUCUACCGUGAUCGUUUAUUGCCAGAAAAUACCUUCUUUGUCGGGUAUGCUCGGUCCGCCCUGACGGUGGCGCAGGUGAAGGAGAAGUGUAAACCCUUCAUGAAGGUGGGGGAGUCGGAGCAGGAGCGAUAUGAACAGUUCUGGAAAGUGAAUAGCUACGUGAAGGGGUCGUAUGACACCCGCAGAGACUUUGAGCUGCUGGAUCAGGAGAUGAACAAGGUAGCCACACCCAGGGCCAACAGGAUCUUCUACUUGGCUCUUCCUCCGUCAGUGUUCGACAUUGUUACAACCAACCUGAAGGCUUGUUGUAUGGCUACUCAGGGCUGGACCCGCGUCAUCAUCGAGAAGCCCUUCGGUAAGGACUCGGAUUCUUCUGCCAAACUGUCCAAUCACCUGGCGGGGUUGUUUAAGGAGGAGGAGAUCUACCGCAUUGACCACUACCUGGGCAAGGAGAUGGUCCAGAACCUCAUGACGCUCAGGUAA